UGGGGAAUGCUCACAGAAAAUGGUCCAUUCCGUCCCAAUAAGGACGGCAAAACUCUCUAUGAAAAUAUUUUUUCAUGGAAUAAGUUUGCUAAUAUUCUGUACCUGGAAGCUCCGCACAAUGUUGGUUAUUCGUAUUCGACGCAGCCGAAUGAUAAUGCAUAUACCGAUGACCAGACUGCUGAUGAAAAUUACAAUGCUUUGAAGGAUUUCUUCAGCGUCUAUCCUAUGUACACACAAAAUUCAUUUUUUAUCACUGGUGAAUCUUAUGGAGGAGUUUACAUACCAACACUUACAAGAAGAGUUUUACGAGGGAUUUCCGAGCAGGAUCUGAUGAUCAAUUUCAAGGUAAGUUUCGAAUGA